AUGCAAAUCAACGCUCUAAGUCUGUUGACGUUGCUUAUCAGCACGUGUUUUGCCUUGCAUUUUGAUGUUCCAGCUUCGUUGAAACCAGAACCAGUGUGUGUUCGUGAUUUUGUUCAAGAGGGCCAGCUUGUUGUUGUGAACAUAGACACAGAUGGAUCUGUUGGGGAUGGACAAGUUUUAAGUAUGGUAAUUCGUGACAGCGUUGGCAAUGAGCACCGCAGAACUAAGGACUUUGCGGGCGAAAUUCGUGUAGCAUUUAGUGCACCCUCAUCGGCGGCGUUCGACGUCUGUUUCGAGAAUUUGCUACAAAUCAAGGGUAGAUCAUUAAGCAGAUCAAUUGAACUUGAUAUUGAAUCUGGUUCUGAAGCUCGUGAUUGGAAUAUGAUCCAAGCAACUGAGAAAUUGAAGCCCAUUGAGGUCGAGCUCCGCAGAAUUGAGGAAAUGACCGACGAAAUCGUGGACGAGCUAAACUACCUAAAGGCUAGAGAAGAGAGAUUGAGAGACACAAAUGAAUCCACAAAUAGAAGAGUAAGAAACUUUUCUCUUUUGGUCAUCUUUGUCCUUGUCUGUCUGGGCGCAUGGCAAAUAAAUUACUUGCGUAACUACUUCAAAGCCAGACACAUUAUCUAA